GCUGCAGAGAUGGCAGCUGAGUCAUUGCCCUUCUCCUUCGGGACGGUGUCCAGCUGGGAGCUGGAAGCCUGGUAUGAGGAUCUGCAGGAGGUUCUGUCUUCAGAAGAAAAUGGGGGGACUUAUACCUCACCCCCUAGAAAUGAAGAGGAAGAAUCAAAAACCUUCACCACUCUUAACCCUGCAUCUCUGGCUUGGCUGGCUGAGGAGCCAGGACCAGCAGAAGUCACAAGCAUCUCCCAGAGUCCUCGCUCUCCAGACUCCAGUCAGAGCUCCCUGGCUCAGGUGGAAGAGGAGGAAGACCAAGGAAAAACUAGGAAAUGGAAACAGAGUGGCCAGUGGCCAGCUCGGGCCGGAAAGCAACGUAUGAAGGAAAAAGAACAAGAGAAUGAAAGGAAAGUGGCACAGCUAACUGAAGAAAGUGAACGGCUCAAGCAGGAAAUAGAGAGCCUGACUCAGGGAGUAGAAGCCACACACAGUGCUCUAAUUGACCGAAUGGUUAAUCUACACCAAGCCUGA